AUGGCAAACGAUCUACAGUAUGUCAUAACCCUACCAGCGGCAGAUGAAAUCAUGAACACACAGGGUGGGGAAAAAGUGGAAGGGUAUACCCUGGAAAACAUUGAGUUGGAGUACGAAUCCAUCGACAACAUCGGAUUGGCAAGAAAAGUGGAAAGUCAGUACAACGUCGGACGUAAGCUGUCUUUCGAACAUGUCAUCCUGAUGAAAAAGACGGAAUGGAGUAAGGACUCCACCAUUAUCAACGAAACGAUCAACGUGCCACGCCGAAGCAUGAAAGCUAUCGUCAUGUUGUUUACGAACAAGACAAAGACAGACAGUGAAGAAUAUGUUUAG